AUGCCUUGCCACCUUUCACCAGGUUCUCUCCCAGUCCCUACUAAGCUUCAUAGUCAUGUUCAUCCCCACUGGUCUCGCUCUCCUCUUCACCACGAGAUUCUACUUCAGUGCCUCCAAGUGGCCAACUGUGUUCGCAACUACACCGUCCAGCUUGGUGACACCUGCGAUCCGAUUUUGGCCGCACAGAACUCUUCUUCCUUUCCUCGCUUCCCAUGUCUUCGCGAAUGUAUACUGAGUUCUCUGUUUUUGAAGGUCCUUUGUCUAGGCAUUGUCGGUCAAGAUUGCACAGAUACCUACGUGGUUGCUUCAGAAGAUAGCUGCGUAGCUAUUGCUGCUGCAGACGGCACCACAUAUGACAUUCUGUUGGCCAACAACCCAAACGUGGUUUCAACCUGCGCUAAUAUCUACCCAGGAGAGGAGAGUCUGGGUUAUGGAGUGGUCAUUUACGUAGAACUUACCAUAUAUAGGUCCUGUGCAUCGCACCUGAAGAUGUAUAUGUGUAACACAGACGAGAUAAGAAAUUCCUCGUCGUGGCCUUUGCUUUCUAUUACUGGUAUAACGAACUUUCCAAAUGGAUAG